AGAUGACUGUCAAAUUUGGUUGGCAGUUGGUAUUAGUACGGAAUUUUUAUGAAUUUUUCCCGAAUAUUUGGAAAAAUGGGUAAAUUUUAUGAAUUGAAGCCAAUAAAAUUAGGAUGUGAAGUUAGAGGCGUAGACCUGAAGACAGAAAACAGGCAAGAGGUUAUCGAUGAGAUAAAGAAAGAUGUUGCAGAACAUAGAAUAUUAAUAUUCAAAGAUCAAGGAGUGAUUUCUGGUCAGAGGCAUGUGGAGAUAAGCAGGUGGUUUGGAGAGCUGGAGUCAACAUUCUAUAAGCAUCCAAAAUCACCACAUCCAGACGUUUUUAGAGUUUCCAAUGUAGCCAAUGAAGGCUGUGUAGGGGUUGGUCGAACUGGCUGGCACAUUGAUGGUUCUUUCCAGCCAGCUCCAUUUGCCUAUUCUUUAUACCAUAUAGUGUCAGUGCCAAAGAAAGGCAACACAGUCUUUGCACCUUUGACAGAACUGAUUGAAGGCCUUAGUACUGAAAAGAGAGCAGAGUGGGAGAGAUUGUGGAUGGUUAGUGACAGACGCAGUGGUCCAAUACAUCCUCUUAUCUACACUCAUCCAGUCACCAAGAAGAAGGUUCUUUGUUUUCAUCUUGGUAUGACAAAUAAUUAUCUGUGGGACAAAGGAACUCCUAAUGAGCGUUUUGCUACAGAGGAAGAAUUUGAUCGCAUUACGAGAGACAUACAUAACGAAUUUGUUCGGGAUGGUGGAAAAAUACAAUAUUCUCACAAGUGGGAGGCAGGAGAUUUCAUCAUUUCUGACAAUCUUGCUGUUGGUCAUGAAGCCAGCCCCGAAACACAGCUUCCACACAGCGAAGUUGGACUACGUGUCAUGCAUCGUACAACUGUCAAAGGAACGACACCUCCACAAAAGUGAACAGCUUUAUUUAUGAUACAUUCUAGAAAUUAUCUUAAAGAUUCACUGAGAUGUUUUAAAGUUGCUAGUAAAUGAAGAAAGAUUUUUAUUGUUUUAGAAGUUGCUCUCUGUCAGUGAGUUAAAUGCGGUAUAUACAUAGCGACUAUAAAGAUCAUCAAUAUCUUUCUAGACUUUGUGAAAAUUAUAAUUAAUACUUUUAUGCUUUCAUAGCUGGUUUUGUUAAUUUGCAAUGUUAAUUUAGCUUUACAAUAAUGUAGAAAUAGCAGUGCUGACUGCAUCUGUUGUAAAUUCUGUUACUAUAAAUGACCCUAAUGUUUAAGUGAAACAAAAAGUCUUGUACAGAAGCCUCUUCAACACAGUUUUAUAGACUAUUGUAUGAGUGUAACGGUGCCAAAACCUGGGGGCAGGGGGGGGGGGGGGGGGGGCAUGCCAACCCCUACCUCCAACCCACAGCUCUCAGGCGAAGCAGGAAAAUACAGUCUAGUUUGGUGUUCUUCUUUUAAGAAAAUGAUGUAAAAGUCAGUAUAAUGUAGCUUUCCAAUAGGAUCUAAUGAUGUAAAAGCCAGCUUUUCAAUAAGAUCAUAACUAGAUCUUUUUUAUGGCAAAUAUCAAGUUGCCAUUUGUGUUCAAAAAUAUUAAAAAUACUCCAUACCUGCAGGUCUAGACCCCCAGCCCUGGACUGUUGUAUACUGCUGUAAAAAAAAAAAAAAAAAAAAAAAAGGAAAUUGGCCAAGUGCAAGUAGGACUCACACUGUGAGGGUUCCUUACAAACUUUAUUUACGUGUAUAGAUAGUUCAUCCAUCCCAGUAAUUGCGACUCUUGUUUGGUUGUUGAUAUUGAUACAGGCAAUAUAGCGUCCAACACUUCGGAGAAUGUUUUAAGUUUAAAUUUUUUCUGUAAUUUUGCAGUUGCUAUUGUAAUUUUUCACAUGCAUUAUUAAUUAUGGAGUUGUAUUAACUUGCUAUGGUACCUAGCAACACCAAUUAUGUAAACGUUUUUAAAAUUGAUUGUUGAAUAAUGUUUGAGGUAGCUGACUCAGAGUUGAAGAUCAGUGAGAAUAAUUUUUUGCAAUCCGUGUGCUUAGUCAUCAUUUAAGUUUUUAAAUUAUACUAAUUAAAGUAAUUUAAAUAUGGUAGAAAUUGA